AUGCAAGACGCAAUGUUAUGGAAAGAAGGCUUUCGUGGGCCGAAGUUUGACCUCCUUUACCAACCCAUAUUCAAAAUGUGCGAUAUAGUUGGUUUGAAAACCUUUGACGGUCUAGAAAGCAACAGAUAUGGAUUUGCUUUCUCCCAAGAUGAUGGUCUCGCCGUUACGCAGAUGGAUUUACUCCAAGGGUGCUCUGAAGAUACCGCCACAAUUCAGACUGCCGGCAUAGAGGAAUCCAAUGAGCAGAGCUUUUUUGUUAAGCCGAUUGAAAGAUCUGUGGAUGACAGAACGGUCGUCAGCUCAAUCUCAUUCAAAUCGCCACCGCAAUCUACAGAUCUGACUAAAAGCGUAAAGACUGUGUCGUGGGAACUGACUUCCGAUCAAGCGGCUGUUGCGCAAUCAGCCACUAAGGUCAAGAGAGUUAAUUUCGUUCCCGACAAGGACGUCACUCUAUCAGCUUUCGACAGUCGUCAUCAGCGUUCAAAGAAAAAUGAGAGAGAAUGCUUCGGUUUUCGAGGUGUAAUGAUUCAUUUAGAUUUUCAAGCACUCAAAGAAGCUGCUCUAGCUAGGUAUGCAGCUUCUUUGAGCGCUCAAAACUAUCCGUUUGCUUUGUCCCAAGUCUGAUU